GCAGCUCCGAGGUGGUGUCCGCUCGGCCAAUCGCUGGAGGACCGAGUGGGAACGGGAAUGAGCGGAGUUAGGAGGCCAGGACAAAGAAGUUAAAGAGCGCCUAACGUAUACAUGUUUUUGAGGGCGGGCCGAGGGGGAAAAAAAUUACCCCCAGGGAGGGUCCGUGGGUCUGAUUGUGUUGCUCUGAUGGAGCCCCCUUUGAGCAAGAGGAACCCGUCCGCGCCGAGAUUAGCGGAUCCGGCCGCGGCUCGCGCCUGGCCGCUGCAGAACAUGACAGGCUUCCCGGCGCUGGCCAGCGCGCCCGCCCACUCCCGGGUCCGCGUCGCGGCCGCGCACCUCCGCCCGCGGGAUCCGGGCACUGACCCCGGCGUGGCCCGCGCUCCGCUCAGACCGGAGCACAUGGCCCAGGCGAGCGCGCCUGACCCCAGCCCUCCCUCCCAGGCUCUCCCGGCGCCGCCCGAGUCCCCGGCGGCCGCCGCCCGCGCCGCCGCCUCGGCCGUGCACCCCGGCGCCCGCACCGCCCCCGGCGGCGGGGGCGCCCGCGGCGGGCCGUCCCCCGCGCCCCCGCCCCCAGCCCCUCCUCCUCCUCCCCCCUCCCCUUCGCCCCCUCCUCCUCCCCCUCCUCCCCCUACCCCUCCUCCUCCUGCCCUCUCGGGCUACACCACCACCAACAGUGGCGGCGGCGGCAGCAGCGGCAAAGGCCACAGCAGGGACUUCGUCCUCCGGAGGGACCUUUCCGCCACGGCCCCCGCGGCGGCCAUGCACGGGGCCCCGCUCGGAGGGGAGCCGCGCUCGGGCCCCGGCUCCCCCCAGCACCCGGCCCCGCCUCCCGCCUCGGGCGGCAUGUUCAUCUCGGCCAGCGGCACCUACGCGGGCCCGGACGGCGGCGGCGGCGGCGGGGGCCCGGCGCUCUUCCCCUCGCUGCACGAGCCGCCGGGAGGCUCCGGCGGCCACCCGCACCCGCUCAACGGCCAGAUGCGCCUGGGGCUGGCGGCUGCCGCUGCGGCGGCAGCGGCGGCGGAGCUGUACGGCCGCGCCGAGCCGCCUUUUGCGCCGCGCUCGGGGGACGCGCACUACGGGGCGGUGGCGGCCGCGGCGGCCGCCGCCCUGCAUGGCUACGGAGCCGUGAACUUAAACCUGAACCUGGCGGCGGCGGCGGCGGCGGCGGCGGCAGCGGCCGCAGCCACCGGACCGGGGCCCCACCUGCAACACCACGCGCCGCCCCCGGCGCCGCCGCCGCCGCCGGCGCCCGCGCAGCAGCCCCCCCACCUCCCGGGGGCGGCCGGGGCCUUCCUGCGCUACAUGCGGCAGCCAAUCAAGCAGGAGCUGAUCUGCAAGUGGAUCGACCCCGAGGAGCUGGCCGGGCCACCGCCGCCGCCCCCGGCCGGCGGCUCCAAGCCCUGCUCCAAAACUUUCGGCACCAUGCACGAGCUGGUGAACCACGUCACCGUGGAGCACGUGGGCGGCCCCGAGCAGAGCAGCCACGUCUGCUUCUGGGAGGACUGUCCGCGCGAGGGCAAGCCCUUCAAGGCCAAAUACAAGCUUAUCAACCACAUCCGCGUACACACCGGCGAGAAGCCCUUCCCCUGCCCCUUCCCGGGCUGCGGCAAGGUCUUCGCGCGCUCCGAGAACCUCAAGAUCCACAAGCGCACUCAUACAGGGGAAAAGCCUUUCAAAUGUGAAUUUGAUGGCUGUGACAGGAAGUUUGCCAACAGCAGCGAUCGGAAGAAACAUUCCCAUGUCCACACCAGCGACAAGCCCUACUACUGCAAGGUCCGGGGCUGCGACAAGUCCUACACCCACCCAAGCUCCCUGAGGAAGCACAUGAAGAUCCAUUGCAAGUCCCCGCCGCCUUCUCCAGGAGCCCUGGGCUACUCAUCAGUGGGGACUCCAGUGGGCGCCCCCGUGUCCCCUGUGCUAGACCCCACCAGGAGUCGCUCGAGCACUCUGUCCCCUCAGGUGACCAACCUCAAUGAGUGGUACGUAUGCCAGGCUGGUGGGGCCCCCAGCCACCUGCACGCCCCUUCUAGCAACGGAACCACUUCUGAGUCUGACGACGAGGACAUGUACGCGAACCCUGAAGUCGUGCGGACGAUACAUUAGAUUCGAUCAGUCGCCGUCACCAUCAAUAAAGUAAUAAGUGGGAGCGCUUGGACCGCAUCCUAACCUGAGACAAUGCCGAGCUUGAGACAAACCCGACUCAGACUUGCCACCAGGUCUAAUUAGCCCUAUUUAUUUAGUAUGAAACCCUAUGGUGUUGGUACAUUCAAUUAAUUUAAUUAAGAUAUUUGGGCUUUUUUCCCCCCCUUAGAAAACAAACAAACAAACAACAAACCCAACCAAGCUGGACUUGUAUGUUGCAGGGGGACAGGACUGGGAGCAAACUGUACCAAGGAAGAUAAAUGGAGAGAUUAUAGUUCAUCGAGACACACUGCCAAUGCAAUAUAUGUAGUUCUUUACAAGGGUUAGAAAAAGAGCGAUAAGUCAGCACUCAACACAGCAACAAGGCCCUCUGCACUUCCCGGAGUGCCUCGAGACCGCCUUUGACACCAUAAUGGAGCCCCUCUGCUUCCCGCUUGGGCCCUGAUUCUACAAAGACCUCUUGAUUGUAAACCACACACACUUGCUGCAUCACCAACAGAUCCUGGACUGUACCUGUGUCCGAAAUAUUUGUAAAGACCCUUUCAGUUCUAAUACUUGUAAUUUUUCAUUCCCACCCUUUUAUUACUGAUCUCACCAUAACACAGUAUUUUUAUACAGGAUUAUUCCUUCAGUACCCUGCUUGUAUGAUUUAAAAAAAAAAGGAGAUGCAGUGGCCUAGUACAUCUCCAUGUAUUGUGUUACUGUGAUUGUUCAAGCAGCCGGAGAGAACUGCUGCAGUAGACAGCUGUGAAACUGUGAUAUUUUAUAAAACAGAAGAAAUUCAAGUGCUUUCUUUUUUUUUUUUUAAUCAAAAAUCUCAGAUGCUGCCUCUUUACUCUGUCUAAACUUCCUAUGUAAUAAAAAUACUAUGUUUUAGAUCAUAAGUUCUUGGGAUGCCAAAAUUCACAGGCAAGUGUAAGAAGGGGUGAUGUUGGCAACAUGCCUAUUUUUUAGGAAAGCUGUUGUUUUAAAAACAGGCCAACCUCUCUUUUAUACUGUUUAUCGACCUUUUAAAAAAUCUUUAUUUUUCAAUGCUGGAAACUGCAUUUUAAUGCAUUUUCUUCCACCUGAGCAUACAGAAUUCUAUCCCAUUUGAAAAUGACACUGUAUGAUUUACACUAAAAGAGGGGAGGGAGUUGCCAUACAUAUUAAAAUUGUUAAAAGGUUUAUAGCUACCACCAAACACUGAUGAAUGUGUGACCUUUGCCAGAGCUGUCAAGCUAGGACAAAAAAGGUCAAGGACCUAGGACAAUAACUCUUAGUCAAUUUAUUUUUGGUUGUGGUACAACACAUCUCGUGUGCAAAACGUAGUCCAUCAUAUACAUCAUACAAAUAGACUAAAGAGCACUAAUUUAUCCUCAGAGACCCUGAAGACACCCCUUCCCCAGGGUUUGUAGAAAUUUGUUUUGUGUGCUGUGAGUGGUUGAUGUAGUCUUGUCAUUGUUAAUAACUUGUAUGUGAACACUAUUAUUUGUACAGUUGAAUUAAUUUAUUUUCAGACAUCAUCCUUUUUUUUUCCCCCUGGAAGAGUUCAAAGCACACCAAAGAAUUAUAUUAUACAUUUUGGUGAGAGAUUGUCAUUUAUGACCUACAAUUUAUUUUAAAAAAAAGAAAGAAAGAAAAUGGGAAAAAUAUAUUUUUAAGCUUACUUGAAUGAACAACGUAAUGUGAAAACCAGGACUCUUCCUGCAUGUGUCUUUUUUGCAUUGUGUUGAUGAGAUGAUAUAUAGUUUAUAGAUAUAUUCUAUUACUAGUACAGUGCAUGGUGCUGUCACUUUGAAAGCCUUUCAAUGUUGUCUUCAGAUUGUUAUGGUGAAUAUGAAACAUGCAGACCCUCCUUUAUUAAGAAAAAGACCAUAAAACUUGAAUAUAAAAUAAUUCUACAUCUUUAAAGUUUAUUUGAUUUUUGUAUUAUUCAUUUUCAAAGCUCUUUCAAAUAGGCAAAAUAAGAUGAGGUAUGAACUUUGGGGGGAUAAUUUAUGUAUCGUAAACUUAUUCAAACAAAAUAUUCCUGAUUUAUAAUGAGUUGUUUUAUUUAUACAACUUUUUCAAUGGUAGUUUGCACUAUUCUUUAUUAUGCUACAGGUUUAUUUAUUAUGAAACAAAGGAAUAUGUAUUUUAUGUAUUUUGCCAUGCUUAGGUUAACUCUGCCACAGAUUUAUUGGUUCCUGAUACACUUAAAGUAAAAACUUAAAAUGUGUACCUCCAAUAGAAAGCAAGAAUGAUUAUGAAGUAAAGAGUUUAAUAAAAGUAUUCUUCC